AUGGACCGUUUCUCUAAUAAAAAGCAAGAGGAUGUAUAUGAAACUUUUAAUAUUUUAAUGAGAAGGAAACCAAAGGAAAAUAAUUUUAAAGCUGUUCUUGAAACUAUUCGUGAUUUAAUGCAAAGCGAAUUAGUUGUUCCGGAUUGGUUGCAUAAUAUAUUUUUAGGUUACGGUCAUCCAGGUAGUGCUCAUUACACUAUGAUGCCAAAUCUACCAAAAGAAAUUGAUUUCCGUGAUACUUUCUUGGAUUAUGAUCAUUUGAUUGAAAGUUUUCCAGGAAUGAAAAUUGUGCCUGCAGAUGGAUACAAAGAACCUAUACCACCACCUUAUGUACUUCAAUUUCCUGAACCUCAAAAUAAUGUAAAAUCUUUAAAGAGAAAAGAUGCUGAUAGUGUAAAAGAUUCUUCAAAUCAAAAUCAAAUAACUGUAAAAACUUACAGUUUGCCAAAUAUGGGACCUUAUCCAUUUAAUCAACCAAAAAAAAAUUUAAUCAGAUUUACUCCUGCACAAGUGGAGGCCAUAAAGGCAGGUACAAAUCCAGGUCUUACAUUAGUAGUUGGACCUCCGGGUACUGGUAAAACUGAUGUGACAGUUCAGAUUAUAGCAAAUAUAUAUCAUAACUUUCCUGAUCAGCAUACAUUAUUGGUCACUCAUAGUAAUCAGGCAUUAAAUCAAUUAUUUGAAAAAAUUAUGGCAUUAGAUGUUGAUGAGCGUCAUUUAUUACGUUUGGGUCAUGGUGAGGAAGAACUUAACACUGAGUUAAGUUUUAGUAAAUAUGGUAGAGUUAAUUCGUUUUUGGAAAAACGACUUGCGUUGUUGGCUGAAGUAAGUAGACUAGCAGAAUCAUUGGAAAUCGGUGGUGAACAUGGUUAUACAUGCGAGACAGCAGGAUAUUUUUAUUUAUAUCAUGUAUUAUCAAGAUGGGAACCAUAUAUAGACAAGUGUAGACAAGGAUUAGAAGAAAAAAGUGAUGACGGCAAUGUUUCUGUUGACGAAAAAUCAAUCAUAAUCAAUCAGUUUCCCUUUACCAACUAUUUUUAUGAUGCACCACAACCUUUAUUUCCCAAUGAUGCGAGUUAUGCUGAAACACUGGAGAUAGCUGAAGGUUGUUUCAGGCAUAUCGAAAAAAUUUUCACAGAGAUUGAGGAAAUUCGUGGAUUUGAACUAUUGAGAACCAGUUAUGAUCGAGCUAAUUAUUUGUUAACUAAAGAAGCUAAAAUUAUUGCAAUGACUUGUACUCAUGCUGCACUUAAAAGACGUGAAUUAGUUUCUUUACGAUUUAAAUAUGAUAAUAUAAUAAUGGAAGAAGCAGCACAAAUAUUGGAAGUUGAAACUUUUAUCCCACUGUUAUUACAAGAAACCGAAGAUGGUAUAAGUAGAUUGAAAAGGGUGAUACUGAUUGGAGAUCAUAAUCAAUUGCCACCUGUUGUUAAAAAUAUGGCAUUUCAACAAUAUGGUAACAUGGAACAAAGUUUAUUCACUAGAUUUGUUAGACUUGGAGUUCCAACUAUUGAUCUUGAUGCUCAAGGACGUUCAAGACCAUCUAUUGCUCAAUUAUAUAAUUGGAAAUAUACAAACUUAGGAAAUUUAUCAGUUGUGACUGAUCAAAAAGAAUAUCAAUUGGCUAAUGCAGGAUUAAUAUAUGAUUAUCAAUUAAUAAAUGUUGAAAAUUAUCAAAAUAAAGGUGAAACGGAGCCAGUUCCAUAUUUUUAUCAGAACCUUGGUGAAGCAGAAUAUAUUGUAGCAGUAUAUCAAUAUAUGAGAUUAUUAGGGUACCCGGCAAAUAAAAUAACAAUUUUAACAACUUAUAAUGGACAAAAGGCUUUGAUAAGAGAUGUAUUAAAUCAAAGAUGUUCCUGGAAUCCAUUAUUUGGUAAACCAGCUAAAGUUACAACAGUUGAUAAAUAUCAAGGUCAACAGAAUGAUUAUAUUUUAUUAUCUUUGGUUCGUACAAAAUCAGUUGGUCACAUUCGAGAUGUCAGACGAUUAAUUGUAGCAUUUUCACGUGCAAGAUUAGGACUAUAUGUAUUUUGUAGGAAAAAACUAUUUGAAAAUUGUUACGAGUUGACACCAACAUUGAAUAAAUUGUUGGAAAGACCCGAUACAUUACAAAUUAAAGUUAAUGAGAUGUUCCCCUCUGAUAGAGACGUUACUGAUUAUAGUGAUCCUUUUACAAUAUUGGAUGUCACACAUAUUGGAGAAUAUGUAUACCAAAUGAUGCAAGAACAACUGCAAUAUGCAAAAGAACAAAAAGCCAAAAUGGAUAAAGAAGCUAUGGCUAUAGAUGAUGAUGUUAAUAAUGAAAAUAAAAAUGAUAAUGAAAAUAAAAAUGAUGAUGAAAAUAAAAAUGAUGGUGAAAAUAAAAAUGAUGAUGAAAAUGAUGAAGACGACAAAGAUAUGAAUGACGAUGAUUGA